AUGUCCGAGUCUUACGAGCGCGAGCGCCAAAACAACUCCCGCCUGGACGAGCUGUCCGCUAAGGUGUCGGCCCUGCGUGGCGUCACCGUUGACAUUUACGACAAUGCGCGGGCGCAAGACGUCAUUGACAACACGUCGGAGACCUUUUCCUCCAUGACGACGCAGAUGCGAGGCUCCGCCGGCCGCCUUACGCGCAUGGCCGCCUCGGGCAACAAGGUCGCUAUACUGAAGCUGUCUGGCAUCCUGAUUGGCGUCUUCAUCUUUUUAUACUAUGCCGCACGUGUGUUUUUCUAA